CGAAUUCGCGGGAGGGUCGGCCUCAGGCGGAGUAGGGACGUGGGUCCAAGGGAGGGAGGUAGGGUAGGCAGAAUAGUUGUGACUGGAUGAUCACUGGGCGAAGCGUGGAUAAGUGGCCACAGAUGGAAAGGCGGGCCGCGGAGUAGUGACCGGCAGGGGAGGUGGCGCCAAAAGGGAAGUAGGGACAUGACGUAUUGGAACGCAGAGACGUGCCUCGAACGUGGGGGCGUGGUCCUUACGUGUGGGCGUGCCUUGUUGCUCUGAGGGGCGUAACAAAGAUGGUGGAGCAGGCGGAGGGCAGAGGCGUCGCCAAGUUAGCGUGCAGGCGCGUGGCAGCGACAGGAGAUGUGUAGCCAGAGCGCAGAGAAGGUGUGGACUCCGGCGCUGGGGAAGCGUGGCCAGGGCGAGAUUUGAGCCUGGGUCGGGGACAGAGUGGGGACUGAUGGGGCGUAGCCUGGAUGACGAAAUGACGUUUGCUGCGUAGGGACGUGGCUAUACAUGAGGGGGCGUGGGCAAGAUGGCCGCGUGCGGGGUCCUCGGGUCCUGGGAGCGAACGAGGAGGUUCUGGCUCAGUGCAUCCACUCUGGGAGAGCGUGGACCUGGUUCCUGGGGGCGAUCGACAGUCACCCAUCAACAUUCGGUGGAGGGACAGUGUUUAUGAUCCCGGCUUAAAACCACUCACCAUCUCUUAUGACCCAGCCACCUGCCUCCACGUCUGGAAUAAUGGGUACUCUUUCCUCGUGGAAUUUGAAGAUUCUACAGAUAAAUCAGCUGCACUUAGUGCAUUGGAACGCAGUCAAAUUUGAAAACUUUGAGGAUGCAGCACUGGAAGAAAAUGGUUUGGCUGUGAUAGGAGUAUUUUUAAAGUGGCACUAUCAGAACAGAGUGACAUAAUGGUGGGAUAACAUGGACACUUGUCUUCUUCCUUACUGUAAUGGGACUGUUUCUACUCCAUAUAAUCUGAUUAUUAAGUUCCUGCAACUUAACUGGGAACUGAUCAAGAUUUCAAGCUAAAGAUGGUGGUGAUGAACAGCCUGAGGGUCAUUCUUCAAGCCUCUCCAGGCAAAUUGCUGUGGAGAAAGUUCCAGAUUCCGAGAUUCACGCCAGCGAGGCCCUGCAGCCUCUAUACUUGUACUUACAAAACCCGGAACCGAGCCUUGCAUCCACUCUGGGAGAGCGUGGACCUGGUUCCUGGGGGCGAUCGACAGUCACCCAUCAACAUUCGGUGGAGGGACAGUGUUUAUGAUCCCGGCUUAAAACCACUCACCAUCUCUUAUGACCCAGCCACCUGCCUCCACGUCUGGAAUAAUGGGUACUCUUUCCUCGUGGAAUUUGAAGAUUCUACAGAUAAAUCAGUGAUCAAGGGAGGACCCCUGGAACACAACUACCGAUUGAAGCAGUUCCAUUUUCACUGGGGGGCCAUCGAUGCCUGGGGUUCUGAGCACACCGUGGACAGCAAAUGCUUCCCAGCAGAGCUGCACUUAGUGCAUUGGAACGCAGUCAAAUUUGAAAACUUUGAGGAUGCAGCACUGGAAGAAAAUGGUUUGGCUGUGAUAGGAGUAUUUUUAAAGCUAGGCAAACAUCAUAAAGAGCUACAGAAAUUAGUGGAUACUUUGCCGUCAAUUAAGCAUAAGGACACCCUUGUGGAAUUUGAGUCAUUUGACCCUUCCUGCCUGAUGCCUACCUGCCCAGAUUACUGGACCUACUCAGGGUCUCUGACUACCCCACCCCUCUCCGAGUCUGUCACCUGGAUCAUUAAGAAGCAACCAGUAGAGAUUGAUCAUGAUCAGCUUGAGCAAUUUCGGACCCUGCUUUUCACUUCCGAAGGGGAGAAAGAGAAAAGAAUGGUGGACAACUUCCGCCCCCUUCAGCCACUGAUGAAUCGCACUGUCCGUUCAUCCUUCCGGCAUGAUUAUGUGCUGAAUGUACAAGCGAAACCCAAGCCGGCGACCAGCCAAGCAACCCCCUAAAACGUUCAUAUCUAGGCAGUAUUUUGCUUUUGCUUUAAUAUAUACUAGCUUACUAAAAAUUGUUAACUAGACUAUUCUAAGUGCCUGCAUUUGAUAAUAUUUACAGAUGUGCAUUUCUUAGCAUGAGAGUGCUUCAUCAGUCUUUGAGGAAGGCUAUUCCGUACCAGCAAGAGACACAAGUUUCUCUUACAGAUACCUGUUGCUCACUGCAGCCUUGAACUCCUAGGCUCAAGCAGUCCUCCUGCCUUAGCCUCUGGAGUAGCUGGGGCUACAGGUGCUGGCCGCCUGGCCCAGCUUGUAAUAUCUUUUUAUGUCUGACAUUUUUGAGCUAUCUUUUUAUGUUUAUCCAUUAGUGAUUCUAUAGCACUAUACGUAGGGAUUAUAAUCAAAAUUUUUAACAUGUGGUAAGGCACAGACACUGACCAGAACUCAGGCCUUUCAGAAACUGCCUAUGGGCCCAGACUGGUACUUCCUGGCUGAAUAUUGGCCAUGGUUUUAGGUGUAUUUUAUUUUAUAACAUUAAUGUGUAUUCUUUCAUAAGGGCUUAUCAAAAAUCAGUACAUUUGCCACAGUGUUUAGUUGUUACAAGGACAUGAUACACUUACUUACUAUCAGUUUAUGAUGUAGAAAAUAUAUUUUGUAAUUAUAAGAAAA